ACCCCUCCCCUGAAACCAACUCAUCACUCGCUCGUACCUGCGUUAAUGUAGAGAAUGAGAUCUUUGGACCAGGUCGAACCUGUCCUCCCGACUCCUGGGGCGAUCCCCGUUCCUGCAAAGGCGGCUGAGGCUGACUCGCCAGCCUCUGUUGUCGUCGAUCCGCUCAUCGACAACGGCUCCAUCGACAUUGACAUGCACGCCUCUAUCCCGGUCUUGAUGCCCGUCGAGGACGUCGAGAUGGCCGAUGCUGCGGUUCCUCAGCCUACCGAGCUCGCUAUCCCUGUGUUCCCUGCGCCGGUUAUCCUCGAGACCCCCGUCGCCCCCAUUACGCCUCCCUCGGUCGCUGUGCUGCCGGAACCUGCUCCCGUGGCCUCGCUCUCUCCCCAGCUCGAUCUCCGCGCCGAGGAGGUCGUUCCUACCCGCCGUGAGAGCCUGAACGUCAAGGUCGAGGAGGCCCUUGCCAGCCUGGGCAUCACCGACACCCCCUCCACCGUGUCGAGCAGCCGAAGCCCCGCCUCCAAGUCGACGUCGCCCACCAUCUCGCUCGAUCAUUCCGUGUACUCGGUACCCCCGUCGUUCCCGUCUGCGUCGGUGGUUGGCGAGGCUCCUCGUGUGCCUGUGCGCACUCCCGAUGUCCAGCGUAGCCACUCGGUCAGCCGACGACACGUCAACGACGAUGCCGGCCAGACUCACCGCCUUCCCGCCCUUAAGCAUCUCGAUGCCAACCCGGAAAGCGAACGCAAGAGCUUUGACGUUCGCAAGAUCUCGCAAACCCGAAAGAACGACUCCACCCCCACCCGCGGCUUCACCUGGUUCAGGAAGAGAGAGGACUCUUCUCUCGAAGACCGUGCAAAGGCCUUCAUCGACCAGGAUCCGGCUGGUGCCAACGCCAACUCGGCCGCGCCCGUCGAAACUCUGGGUCGCCCGUCCAUCUCGGCCUCGAUCGUCGCCUCCGAGUUCUACAACUCGUCUGAAUACCACUAUGAUAAUGGCCAGAAGCUCCGUAUCCGCUACCACCGCGGCCCCAUCGACCAGCGCGCCAUGACCUCCAAGCAUCCCGUGCAGCUUCUCGUCGAAGUCACCCGUGUCCUCGAAGACCUCGGUAUGGAGGUUGCCCCGAGCGAAGGCGAGGCCAAGAUCAGGGUCACGCGCUUUGCCAACCCUCGUGCCGCCGUCGCACCUGUUCCCGCUGUGCCCCCCAAGAUGUCUGUCGAGGCCAGCCGCACCUCUCAAUCGGGUCUGACGCGCGAGAAGAUCAUUGCCAGCGGCCGCACUGGCAAGAUGGCUGCCGUGCUGGCGUCGCUGCCAAUGUCGCUGGUCAAACGUAUCAAGUACAUGGCCCAGCACGGCUCGAACUGGAACAAGGGCUACGACGGCAAGUCACGACCCAGCAUCUCCGAGGAGGCCUUUGUCCAGAUCAGUCCCGGCCCGGGCGCUCCCGAUCUGAUCGAUCCUCCCCUCGAGCUGCUGGAAGACAUUCGAUUCCACGUCGAGAUCCAGAAGAUCAAGAACCUCGAUGGCCUCUAUGUUGUCGAGUUCAAGCGCAUGAAGGGUGACAUCUGGGCCUUCAAGAAGCUCUACCAGGACCUGAUUCCCAAGAUCCCCUUCAAGUCACCCGGCGAAUUCUCCAUCUAAUCUGCGAGGCAAACUGUGUAAAUGGCUGACCGAGGCGACGACACCCGAUCCCAACUCCCCCCCCCUCUCCGAAUCGCUUGGCGGGUGGAUGGCAGUUCUGUCCUUGUUUUUUUUUCCUGUUGAUCGCAUCUGCUCCCAUCUGUGCUCCCUUCUGUGCUUCUCUGCCAUAGUUCCAGUAGCCGCCGAGUCCCCCCCCUCCAUUCUGCGCACCGUCCCUCGUACUCUUGCUCACUUUCGCUCUCAUUUCCCCCUCCCCUCAGCCAGUCUGUGUAGUCUUAUGUUG